CCCAGCUCGGACCGCGCCUCCCCGCGGACUAGCCGAAAAGCUCCGCGUCCCGCAGGCACCCCAAGCCCGAUCCGAAGAAGAUGCACCAGGCGUUCCGCCCCAGCGACCCCCGCACACCUGCCCGCAGCUCGAAACUUUGACCUUGAAGAUGGUGAGUAGCCAGCCAAAGUACGAUCUAAUACGGGAGGUAGGCCGAGGCAGUUACGGUGUUGUGUAUGAAGCAGUCAUCAGAAAGACCUCUGCACGGGUGGCGGUGAAGAAAAUUCGAUGCCAUGCACCUGAAAAUGUUGAACUAGCCCUGCGUGAGUUCUGGGCACUAAGCAGUAUCAAGAGCCAACAUCCAAAUGUGAUUCACUUGGAGGAAUGCAUCCUACAAAAAGAUGGGAUGGUGCAAAAAAUGUCCCACGGCUCUAAUUCUUCCCUUUAUUUACAGCUUGUAGAGACUUCAUUAAAAGGAGAAAUUGCCUUUGAUCCCAGAAGCGCCUAUUACUUGUGGUUUGUGAUGGAUUUUUGUGACGGUGGAGAUAUGAAUGAGUAUCUAUUGUCCAGGAAACCCAAUCGUAAAACUAACACCAGCUUUAUGCUUCAACUGAGCAGUGCUCUGGCUUUCUUGCAUAAAAACCAGAUCAUCCACCGAGAUCUUAAGCCUGAUAACAUCCUGAUUUCACAAAGCAGGUUGGAUACCAGUGACUUAGAACCCACACUGAAAGUGGCUGAUUUUGGUCUCAGUAAAGUUUGUUCAGCCUCUGGGCAGAAUCCAGAAGAACCUGUCAGUGUAAACAAGUGUUUCCUUUCCACAGCCUGUGGAACAGAUUUCUACAUGGCUCCUGAAGUGUGGGAGGGACAUUACACAGCAAAAGCUGACAUCUUCGCUCUGGGGAUUAUCAUCUGGGCAAUGCUGGAAAGGAUCACAUUCAUAGACACAGAGACAAAGAAGGAACUCCUGGGGAGUUAUGUAAAACAAGGAACUGAGAUUGUGCCUGUUGGAGAGGCGCUUCUGGAAAAUCCCAAAAUGGAACUUCUCAUUCCUGUGAAGAAAAAGUCUAUGAAUGGGAGGAUGAAACAACUGAUUAAAGAAAUGCUGGCUGCAAACCCUCAGGAUCGUCCAGAUGCUUUUGAACUAGAACUCAGAUUAGUACAAAUUGCAUUUAAAGAUAGCAGCUGGGAAACGUGACACAUACAUUGUUUGCAAAUAUCUUGGAUGAUAUGCUGCUUAUGUUUUAACAGUGAUGCAACAACAUAAUGUGGCUGAAAAGAAUAUAAAAAGCUAAACUCCACCUUUUAAGGGUUUAGAUUUUAUUGUGGGGUGUUUUUUUUUCCUCGUUUUUCUUAAGUCCAAGCUGGCCAUUUUGUUAGUAUGUUUUAAAUGUGUAUUACCAAUGUGGGUGUACAUUUUUAAAAAUGAUCAUUGGUAGAAGUUUGGCAGGAAAAUUCUCUAAGAGCCAAGAAGAGAAGAAAGUCCAGUUCUCUGGAAAUAAGUCUCAAGUAUUUUAGACAUUCCUUGUCAGUAUUAGGAAUUUCCAUGGAAGAAGAGGUUUGCAUGCUGGCAAUGCAACCUUUGAAGCUUUGUAAAGGAAACAUAUAUGUAUAUAUUUAUGUAUAUGUAAGUAUGUGAAUGUGUGCAUUUUUGCAUUCCAUAUGAAGAAAAUGCCACUUCUGUUUAAAUUAUUUGAUGUAGGUUUGGGUUUUUGAGAUUUGCUGGUGAAAUCAGUGAUGAAAAAUAAAAGAACCUUCUCUCA